AUUAAAUGUCUGAGGAGUAGUAAGAAUUCGAAGGUUAGGAAGGAUAAGAAGGAUAAGAGGGAUAACAUGAGGGAUAACAUGAACAAUAAUAACAACAAUAACAACAAUAAAGUCAAACAUAACAAAAAUAAAAGCCUGUAAUCCCUAAAAGUGAUCCUCCUCCAGAGGGGGCGAUCAUAAUUGAUUUUGAGGUUUGUAUGGAUUGUGCUUCUCAUGCUUGGUGUACUCAUCAUGACGAAAAUAAAUACAUUUAAUUAUAUUUGGAUUGCAUGGCAGGUAUUCAAUACACAAUUAAAUCUAGAAAUUCAUGCAUAAAUUCCAAAUUCCUAUUGCCAAUAUAAUGCUAAGAAAAAACCCUCAACUGGAGCUUUUGAAAUUUCUCAUAAAGGUAAACAGUUAUAUAAAUUAAUAGGGAUUAUUAUUUUUUCAAAGAGAAAUUCUUAGCUGUUUCCUUAACCUAAGUUGCUACCAGAAAGAAUUAGACAAUUCUUAGAUGAUAUGGAAAAUAAAAGAGAUCUCACUAAAUGGGCUACAAAAAAAGAAAUAAAAUAAGAGUAACCAAGGCAAAUCAAGGAAAGACCAACUUUCUAGACAUACAUGAAACAAAGGGAAGAGUAGGAGAGAUUGGCAAAAGAACAAAAACAAAGAUAGGAUGAAGAAAUCAGAUUGAAAUAAGAACAAGAGGAAAGAGAAAAGUAGGAACGAGAAAGAUAAGAGGAGGAACAAAGAAAAAUAGAGGAAGAAAAAAGAAGAUAGGAAGAAUAGAGAUUGGCUGAGGAAAAGGCUGCUGAGGAAAAGGCUAGAUAGGAAUAAGAGUAAAGAGAACUUGAAUAGCAAUAAGAAGAAGCUAAUAAGCAACAUCAAGAGUAGGAGUAACAAUAAGAAGGUGAAAAGUAACCAGAAUGAACACAUUCAAAGUAAGCAGAAUGAGA